CAACCUUACCAGUUCGUGCCAUCGCAGCAAUCAAUUCUCGGAAUACCGGCAUCAGUCUUGACUGUAGGGCUGGCCCGGCAGAGCCUAGUAUGCAUUACGGUAAGGAGGCAGGUGCAUCAUACCAUUACGAUACGAGUGACUUCAUUUCCCUGUCCAGUACCUCAUAUGAUAAUGCUGAUAUUGCCGCUGCCAUGUCUGCCAACUUAUCCCCUCUUUCAUGACGUCCCGAUAGAUUUUCUUUUUUCCCGUCCUACUCUUGCGAUUGAAAGAAAUAAUCAAGAAUGAUGUUUCUGUUUACUGUCGCUAUUGCGCUCCUGGCGAGAUGUCUUACUGCGCAGGAAAUCCUCAACGGCCAAAUAUUUACGCCUGGCAUCGCGAUUGUCGACGCGCCGCAGCCUAACACUCCGUUAGGAGGAGAUACUCUGCAUGUCGCUCUCGAUGUCACCUCGAACGGGCAACUCCAGCUGCCACCAUACCCUUCCGAUCCCGUAUCUGCCAUCUACAACAUCACAAUCUUCCUCUCGAGUUAUACGACGGGCAAGAACUUCACCGUAUCGAAUGGCACGGCCAGCCCAGGAAACGUGAGCCUGGGAGAGAUCAUGGCGCAAGAACCAGGAAGCACAGUAAAGCAUGUCAACUGGGUAUGGCCAGAUUGUUUGGUUGGAGACGGUGCGCCGAGCGAUAAUGAUUCUGCUAGGGUUGCUUACAAUAUCUCCAUUCGCCAGAAUUUCCGUUUGAAUGGCACUGAUAUGUAUACGAUCUUUGAUCUACCUAUCAAAGUGACAAAUUCGAUACCCGAAGAUAGCAACAGGCCGUCCUGCGACAUCUUGAACAAUCCCCUUCUGGACCAGGCAGCAUUGAAUGCUUCUGCAAAUAGCUUUACCCGGAUCGCUGGAACUCCGAUUGAAGGGAAUGGCAAGAAUGGAGAUAAGAAUGGAAUAGGAGGCACCAAACCAGAUGGGACAGCUGGGGAUGGGCUUGGUGGAGCUGGGAUAUUGGACUGGGGCACGGGUGUACACAGUAUAUGGAUCGGAGCUUUUGCCCUAAUGGCUUUGCUGUAGAGCACCUUUCCACAGGCACAUCAAGAACGGAAUUUUGAUUCGAAAUAUACUGUCAUUCUGUUUCACGGCAAUUCGAUCUACCAGGCCCAUAAAGCUUCUUCUCCAUUUCAGAUCUGCGCACUUGGGAAUACAUUCCCUGGUUCUAUUCAGGUACCGACAUUUCCGGCCCGGCGAUUGCAGAUGGUCGGCUAGGUGUUUACUAUGUGGGUCGAUGAGACUCAACGUCUUAGUCAUUUGAAACUGUAUGUUCUUCUCUGAAGAACUAUCGUAAUCAUACUAUGAUUUAAUGGAAAGUCUUGCAUCAUCAGAUCUGGGGGCUUCGGGGAGCUCGUUCCCAAAUUCUCGGGCUAACGAACGAAUAUCACCUAAUGCCAUAACCUGUGUGCAAAGUUAUAUCCCCAUAUCGUCGCGUACGCUUUCUCAAGCGUGAUCCAACACGACUCUACUUAAAUCUAGUCAAUAAAAAAUAUGCAAUAUGAGGGACUAAUCCCUCGAGAACAAAGGAAUCAAACCAAUCAAGCAUCUUUCGAAAUUGGGCUUCUGCUCGUAUGGAAUUGACCGCUUUCAUGGGAUCCGUGGGUGUUAAGGUUUGUAUCAGUGGUAAAUUACCUGAAGCUUCCGUGGGUUCCACAACAGCUCCUGAGUACUCUUCUGAUUCGUGCUGAGCCAUGAUGGAGCUGACGGAGC